CCUCCCUCCCUCUCCCCCCCCUUCUCUCUCUCUCCGAGGGGGGGGGUCCCGGGGAGGGAGGGGGGUCCCCCGAUCAGCAUGUGGCUCCUGGCGCUGUGUCUGGUGGGGCUGGCGGGGGCUCAACGAGGGGGAGGGGGUCCUGGCGGCAGCGCCCCGGGAGGCCCUGGCUUGGGCCUCAGCAGCCUCGGGGAGGAGCGCUUCCCAGUGGUGAAUACGGCCUACGGGCGAGUGCGCGGUGUGAGACGCGAGCUCAACAACGAGAUCCUGGGCCCCGUCGUGCAGUUCUUGGGUGUGCCCUACGCCACACCACCCCUGGGCGCCCGACGCUUCCAGCCGCCUGAGGCCCCUGCCUCUUGGCCCGGCGUGCGCAACGCCACCACCCUGCCGCCCGCCUGCCCGCAGAACCUGCACGGGGCGCUACCCGCCAUCAUGCUGCCUGUGUGGUUCACCGACAACUUGGAGGCAGCCGCCACCUACGUGCAGAACCAGAGCGAGGACUGCCUGUACCUCAACCUCUACGUGCCCACUGAGGACGGUCCGCUCACAAAAAAACGUGACGAGGCGACGCUCAAUCCGCCAGACACAGAUAUCCGGGACUCUGGGAAGAAGCCCGUGAUGCUGUUUCUACACGGCGGCUCCUACAUGGAGGGCACUGGGAACAUGUUCGAUGGCUCCGUCCUGGCCGCCUAUGGCAACGUCAUUGUAGCCACGCUCAACUACCGGCUUGGGGUGCUCGGUUUUCUCAGCACCGGGGACCAGGCUGCGAAAGGCAACUAUGGGCUCCUGGACCAGAUUCAAGCCCUGCGCUGGCUCAGUGAAAACAUUGCCCACUUUGGGGGUGAUCCUGAGCGUAUCACCAUCUUUGGGUCUGGGGCAGGUGCCUCGUGUGUCAACCUUUUGAUCCUCUCUCACCAUUCAGAAGGGCUGUUCCAGAAGGCCAUUGCUCAGAGUGGCACUGCCAUCUCCAGCUGGUCUGUCAACUAUCAGCCACUCAAAUACACGCGACUACUAGCAGCCAAAGUCGGCUGUGACCGGGAGGACAGUGCUGAAGCUGUAGAGUGUCUGCGCCGGAAGUCUUCCCGGGAGCUGGUGGACCAGGAUGUGCAGCCUGCCCGCUACCAUAUUGCCUUUGGGCCCGUGGUGGACGGUGAUGUCGUCCCUGAUGACCCCGAGAUCCUCAUGCAGCAGGGAGAAUUCCUCAAUUAUGAUAUGCUCAUCGGUGUCAAUCAAGGAGAGGGUCUCAAGUUCGUGGAAGACUCUGCAGAGAGCGAGGACGGUGUGUCUGCAAGCGCCUUUGACUUCACGGUCUCCAACUUUGUGGACAACCUGUAUGGUUACCCAGAAGGCAAGGAUGUGCUGCGGGAAACCAUCAAGUUUAUGUACACAGACUGGGCCGACCGGGACAAUGGUGAGAUGCGGCGCAAGACCCUGCUUGCGCUCUUUACUGACCACCAGUGGGUGGCCCCAGCUGUGGCCACUGCCAAGCUACACGCCGACUACCAGUCCCCUGUCUACUUCUACACCUUCUACCACCACUGCCAGGCUGAGGGGCGGCCCGAGUGGGCAGACGCAGCACAUGGUGAUGAGCUACCCUAUGUCUUUGGUGUGCCCAUGGUGGGUGCCACUGAUCUCUUCCCCUGCAACUUCUCCAAGAAUGACGUCAUGCUCAGCGCUGUGGUCAUGACCUACUGGACCAACUUCGCCAAGACUGGCGACCCCAACCAGCCAGUGCCACAGGACACCAAGUUCAUUCACACCAAGCCCAACCGCUUUGAGGAGGUGGUGUGGAGCAAGUUCAACAGCAAGGAGAAGCAGUACCUGCACAUUGGCUUGAAGCCUCGCGUGCGCGACAACUAUCGCGCCAACAAGGUGGCCUUCUGGCUGGAGCUCGUGCCUCACCUGCACAACCUGCACACGGAGCUCUUCACCACCACCACGCGCCUGCCUCCCUACGCCACACGCUGGCCUCGGCCACCCCAAGGGGCCCCGGGCACACGCCGGCCCCCACCGCCUGCCACCCUGCCUCCUGAGCCGGAGCCUGAGCCAGGGCCUCGGGCCUAUGACCGCUUCCCCGGGGACUCCCGAGACUACUCCACGGAGCUAAGCGUCACUGUGGCCGUGGGCGCCUCCCUCCUCUUCCUCAACAUCCUCGCCUUUGCCGCCCUCUACUACAAGCGGGACCGGCGGCAGGAGCUGCGUUGCCGGCGGCUCAGCCCACCCGGUGGCUCAGGCUCUGGUGUGCCCGGCGGGGGCCCCUUGCUUCCCACUGCAGGCCGAGAGUUGCCACCAGAGGAGGAGCUGGUGUCAUUGCAGCUGAAGCGGGGUGGUGGCGUUGGGGCGGACCCUGCUGAGGCCCUGCGCCCUGCCUGCCCCCCCGACUACACCCUGGCCCUGCGCCGGGCACCAGACGAUGUGCCUCUCUUGGCCCCCGGGGCCCUGACCCUGCUGCCCAGUGGCCUGGGGCCCCCGCCACCCCCACCGCCACCCUCCCUUCACCCCUUUGGGCCCUUUCCCCCACCACCCCCCACUGCUACCAGCCACAACAACACGCUACCCCACCCCCACUCCACCACGCGGGUAUAGGGAGCAGCUCGGGGAGGGCCUCCUCCCCAGUGCUCCUGGCCGCCCGGGGAAGUGCCGCUCGGAAGGCAGGGAGGACAACUUGGCAACGGGCUUUUCUCAUGUGGAGCUGCCACACGUCGAGAGCAUUAGGUGGACGUGGGUUUCCUCACUGGGACAUGUUUCUCCCAUGCAGAGAGGCCCACUCUCUUCUCUGGACCUGGGCCUUUGAACAACUGGGGGGUGAUUUUUCCCCUCCCUUGGGACACCAGUCUUGGGUGUGUGGAAACGUGGACGUAUUUUCCCACGUGGAGGUGUGAUUUCUCACGAGGGGGUGUGUUUUCCCAUGUGCAGGGUGAGGUUUUUUUUGCCACCCUGGACACAUGCUGACCCCCUCAAAAAAUUUCUGUGGGGAUUUGUACCCCAGAAUCCUGUUCCCUUAAUGCCUUCUCCCACCUCCUCCCUGCUCCCCACCCCAUGGAGACCCUGGAAGUGGUAUGUUCACAUACAGUGACCCUUGGCCAACAGAUGACACAGGGUGGUGCCCGGGAAGUAUCGAGGAAAUCAGCCCCCUCCCUGCCCCACUCCCUACUCUACCCCAGCUUAGCAUGUUUAUCCCCCAUGGCACAAGUCAGGGGAAGCACGUUCUCCAGGUGACAGAGAGACACAGAUUUCCUGCCAGGAGGAAGUGAAGAGUUCCCUGCAUCCCUGUGCUAUCUGGGAAUUGUUUCCCCAUGGGUCCAGGAUACAUUUCUCUGAGUAGAAACAUGGCUUGCAUGUGGAUGUGUGUUUUCCCAUGCAGACAGUCCCUUUCUCCCCAGCACUUCCCUGCAUCCCCCAGACCUCAGACCCAGCACUUAAUUCUUCCUCAGAUGGCAGGUGGGCACAGACUUCUCUAGAAAGCUGACCGAAGCUGAGGGGAAUGUAACAAACCCUGAGGGGAGGGCUUUGUCCCCUUCCUCCCCCAGACCAGAGGAGCUGAGUUGGGGGAGGGGAGUGGCACCUGCCACCCACAGAGGCCAUGCAUGUUUGACCAAAGCCCUCAGUGGAGUUUGAGGACAGCCUCUUCCUCUGUCCUCAGACCAUUGCUCAUCUGUGCCAAACUGGAUAAGUGGGUUUUUGAAGACCCCCAAAUGUGCCAAGGAUUCCUCAGUCCUGGAUAAGGUCAUGUCAAUGUGGGGGCGAGUGGGAGAGUCCUGCCUGUGUCUUGCCUCAUACCAUGCCUUGGUUCCCCACCCCUCAUACUCAUCUUCCUCUUUGAAGUUGCUCAUACCCCAGUGUCAAGCCAGCAUCUCCUCUCAGCUGCCCACCUCCUUCUUUAUCUAAAUCACCCCCCCGCCCCCACCUUCCCUGACUACCAGGGCUGGAAGAAAGGAGAGAUGGAACAGGAAGGAGAGCAAGGGAGAAGGGUUUCAUGGGACAGGUUGGGGAAAGAAUGAGGUCAGCUGUGUGAGGAACAGAUGGGGUGGUGGGGGACGGAGUUUGGGCAGACACCAGCAAGAAGAAUUUGAAAGGACAUGUAUAAGGUGACCGCCCAGCAGGGAUCAAGGGAAAAAAGUGUUCAAGCCUCUGGGGAAAAGAGUGCAGUCAGGAAAGGUAUUAAGGGACAUCGUAUCUGAGGAGACUCUUCAUCUGCUGGUAUUUGGUGGGUUUCUUAGUGCCAAAGUAGGGAGUGGGGUACUGUCUUCCACUGACACCCAGAUCCAGAAUCCCUGGCCUUGGCUCCCCAGAAUUCUGCCUCUGACCCUCCCUUUUCCCACCUCCGCCCCAUGGAACGUUAGUUCUCCAACCCCUUCCCCUGCCUGGUCUAGCUCCUCUCCAAACAGCCAUGCCCUCUAAAUGCUAGGGAGCUGGACCCUAAACCCUGUAGAGAGAUGCCCCCAAGUUGGGGCUCGGGAGAGGGGCUGGGGGACCCCAUGAUUCAGCCACGGACUCCAAUGCCCAGUCCCUCUCCCCAGAACAAUUCCCUGACAAUCUCAUGUCCCUACCCCAACCCUUUGCGGCUCUGUACACAUUUUUAAACCUGGCAAAAAGAUGAAGAGAAUAUUGUAAAUAUAAAAGUUUAACUGUU